UGUACCAUGUUCAUUGUCCUCAUGAACUCGGCUCGAUGUGUUUGUUGUGGUAUUUAGAAUGAUUAAUUUUUCUGCAUCAGGGUGAGUAAUUUUCACCUCCCAAAUUCUCCAGCUCAAAGGCUGCCAACUUUAAUCGCAAAAAGUAACAGUUCCGAGGUACUCCAAUCGAAAAGGGGUUUGAAAGGCUUCGUUGGGCUUAUUGUUGGUUGAUUAAUCUGGAGCAUACAGCUGAAACAACAAAAUGAGCCGGAAAUUUGUAUUGUGGAAAUAGGUAAACUACUGUUGGUUUGAUCCAAAAGUGAAGGACUUUGACUAGUAUGCCUUCUACUGGGGCGUUGAUGAUCUUUUUGUUUGGUUAUCUUGUUGGUGCCGAACAGAAGAACAUCACUCUUUUUGUGGAUAAACCAGAGAGGAGCUGUUCACGGGUAGUUGAUCUUCGUGACACUCGAACCCAGUAUUCAGUAUUUCUUGAAACGGAGGAUUGUAUUAAGUGCCAAAAAGCUGAUGUCUGCACCACUUUACAGUACAGAGAAUGUAAAGUAGAAUUUGUUGCUGCAAACAGCUUUCUAAGUGCUACAUACAAGAUUUGCUAUGAUAAGAGCCCUCAAAAUAUUAGUGACUGCUCAUCCCGCAUAAAAUAUGAGAAGCAGAAUGUGGUUUCCAGGAAUGAUGUCUUGGAACUGCUAUGGUGUGAGAAUGAAUAUCAAAUGGACUCCGAAAAAGAUGGCAGAAAUUGUUUGGAUGUCAACGACAGCCUCAUAAUCUGGUACAACAGUUACAAUUAUUGUGAUGUCAGUGGCUUCACCAGAGUCUAUCUCUGGAAGAAUCAUUCAGAUGCCUUUGCUUUGCAUUCACAAGCAGACUGUCCUAAUGGUCAAGAGAAUGUAAGAGGCUCAAGUGGGAGGGUGAUAUCCCAUGUCGACGCCUCUGAAGAAGACAGAGCAGCAAUGUGUGAGAUCACUCUCAUUCCUGAUCGCCUCUGUCGGGAUUAUAAGCAAAUCUGCUUUACUUUUGAACAUGUUGAUUUUCCCGAUGGUGGUGCUUCUUUGUUUUUCUUGUCUGAUGAAAUCAGAAAGUUCAACUAUGAUAAUAAACCAUACGUUGACUCAGAAUACUGCAUGGUCAUGUGGAAAUCGAGAGUGGUCAGAGUGGCAGUGGAGCCAUCUGUAAACUACUCUUAUGUUCUGGAGGACAGAUACUUGCACGCCUUCAGCUUCAACUAUUACUUUAAAAUUCGAGAAUUCUCAGACACAAGCGUACUCUCAGGAAAAGAAGAUUCGGAUAUUGAAAAUGAUACAGCGUCAAGACAGGCGUUGGCAUUGUUUUUCCUCUGUGUCUUUACAGAGGUAGAGACUCUGGUUCUACUUGUGUUCAGGAUUUUUGCUAUUGCUAUUGGCUAUUCUGUUGUGAUGAUUUUCUUGAUCAGGAGGUUGGAGAAAGAUCAGAGGCAGAAAGCGUCGCGUCAGGGACACACAGUUGCUACAAGUGGAGCAGCCACUGCUUCAGGUACCUCAGCAGAUAACGGACUGCAGUGCGAGGACGAAAACAUUUCUCUUGUGAACCGAGGAGACGACGAUAGAACAGAGGGAAUACCAAUACAGAUAUCAGGUAGCCCAGACGGCUGUGAUAUGGCUGCCACAGCAUCGUGGUCUUAUGUCGACUCUUGGCCUCCUUGCAUGGCCCCUCCUGCAUACUGUGAUAUUCCAGAGAAGGACCCUAAUAGCGUAGUACCAGGUAGUGGCCUGCCCUGCCAGAUUGUGCCAAGUGAUGAGCAGCCUCCUCCAUAUACUGAUGUCUUCCCUCAUGUUGAACCAGCUGCCAGUGCAGACAGUCGUAGAACAUAAGUAACUCAACUUUUGCUGUGGAAAUUGUCUGAGACAGCCACCAAUUAGCCUACAGAGAAGAAAGGUGUUUGUCUUAGACAGGUGGACCUCUUGCACAGUGUCAUUAUAAUGUAAAAAUGUGCAAGAGAGGAAAUGAAAAGUGGCCAUUUGUAAGGGUGAUUGUCUUAUACAGGUGGCUGUUAGAGAGGUCAUCUGUAUUUAGUUAUGUUAUUGUACUUCACUUACGAAUGUCAAAACCCAUAAUUUUAUGUUAAACAUAUUUUGUUUUUAAAAAAUUGUUUUUUAAAUUUCUACCUCACUCUUAUUUUUUUUCUUGUACACAUCUGAGCAUAUUUCUUACCCUUCCUGGGGAUUUCCUGAGGGCACAAUUCAUCCCCAGCUGCCCACAAAUAGAGAUUUCCUGUUUAAUACCUCUAAAGAACAGCUUAAAAAUUUUAUCACAAUGUGCAUGCACUUACAAAAUUUAGCUUGCUUGAAAAUUCCAGAAUAUACUUGGGUCAAGGAAACCACACCUGGCAAAUCUGCUUUGCAGGGAAAGGUUUAAAUACUUAUGCAAUUUUCUCAGUUUCAUGUUUUUUAACAUUUGUCAUAGUAUUUUUCAGUAAAUGUUCUUUUUUACUUCACAUUUUAAAUGAGCCCUGAAAGCAUUCCGGUACAAAGUUGCAGAGCCAUUGAAAAUGCCAUUUUUGUUAUGAUUUUUUAGGGCUAAACAGAAAAAAUAUGAGGCUUUUAUAUAGAACUAUUUAAUUUUACUCCAUAUAUAUUUUUUAAAUGGUAACAUCUUUUUUGUUGAGAUGUGGCUCUUUAACUUAGGUGCUGUGAACUCUAAGUGAAGCACUAAAUUGUUAUUUUUAUAACAAGACCUACUUUUUAGAGUACUCCGUAUUACUCACAUGAAAGGAAAAAUGUAAAGACUCAAAAGACUAGAUUUUUUUCACAAAAAAGUAGUACCUUUUGCUUUUUGAGCACCAGUAUAUUAUAUUUUUACCCAUUUUAGGCCAACACCAAAGAAAACUCUCCGGAACCUUAUUUUUCAGUGGAUUACAUUAGUGGGCAUUCAGAUUCUGUUGGUGGUCCAACUUUUAGACUGG